CGUCGUUCUGAUCGAAAACGAUCGGAUCGUGACCAUCCUUUCCCAUCGGCUCAUGGCGAUCAUUUUUCAUCGGGCGGUGAUACCAAUAAGUGGGGAUCAAAAUUGUGCGGCAAUAAUAGUUUGGCUCAAGCAUUUCUUAGCAAAAGCCAAGCGGUUUUCGCACAAUUGAACUCUAAUGGGUCAUUUGCGCAAUUUCUUCAACAAAAAGCACAGGAAGUAGCCUACAUUCAAAAUAGUGCCAAUGUAGCUCUUCUCUCAUCGAACUGUACGCAAUAUUUCAAUGGUCUUGCAGCUGCACAAAAUGCUGACAUGCAAAAAGAACGCCAACAAAGGGUAUAUGAAAAUAUUGGCGCUAGUCUCCUCCAGCAAAUCAUUCCAGCUAUCUUUGGCUAUGGGAGUCAACACCACUAA